CGUAUCCCAGAUUUUAAUAAUCAUUGUACAAUCAUCGGAACAUUUACAAUGACAGACUGAGUCAGUACUGCACUGAGUCUGUAAUGAUUUUGGGAAUCUUGUGUUCAUGUUCAUUCUACAACAAGUCUGAUUUUACUUCAAUUUUUAGUUAAAAUUAUUAUAGUCAGUAGUUCAUUAGCCGUCUCGGUCCGGAAUGAUGCUCGCUACUCGCUCCUGUGGCCAGUUCAGAGCUGUCGCUUCACAAUGCUUCCCCCGAAGCUUGUCCGUAUCGGCCGGCAAGAUGGGAAGACCCGAGCCAGCAUCGUCAGCGAACAUGUUGGAUAUCGGAACCCGACGUAUUUUCAAUGAAGAACAUGAUAUGCUCAGGGAGGCGUGCAGGAGAUUCGUGGAGACAGAAGUCACCCCUUACCACAAACAGUGGGAGCAAGAUGGAGUUGUGAGCAGAGAGGUCUGGGAGAAGGCAGGUAGCAAUGGAUUCCUCAAUGUAUAUAUUCCAGAGGAACAUGGCGGAGUGGGAGCAGACUACAAGUCCGCAGUUAUUAUCGCUGAGGAACUAGCCUACGCUGGUGCAACUGGUGUGAUGUUCGCAUUGCAUUCUGAUGUAAACAUGCCAUACUUCUCAAAAUAUGGUUCGGAUGAGCAAAGGAAGCGCUUCAUCCCAGCAAUGACCGCUGGUACAUGUAUCACUGCCAUUGGCAUGUCAGAGCCUUGCGCUGGGAGUGAUCUUCAAGGCCUUCAAACUCAUGCUGAACGAGAUGGAGAUGACUAUAUCCUGAAUGGCAGCAAGACAUGGAUCUCCAAUGGUCAGCUUGCUGAUGCGGUUGUUGUCGUUGCCAAGACAAAGAAAGAAGGACGUGCAGCCCAUGGACUUUCGCUCUUCGUAGUAGAGAGAGGAAUGCCUGGAUUCGAGCGUGGCAAGAACUUAAUCAAAAUCGGCCUCAAAGCACAGGACACCAGUGAGCUGUUCUUUAAUGACGUACGUAUACCUGCCUCCAACAUGUUGGGAGAGGAGAACAAGGCAUUCUACUACAUGAUGAAUGAGCUACCACAGAGACGAGCGCAAGAGCAAGAGCAAGAUGGAUAUGGACACAGCGUUGGAUGUCGCAGCAGCCUGUUUGCUGCUAGCUGCUGCGUUUCAGCGUCGGAGGACAGCACGGACCAGACGUUGGUGUGUUCGUCCGUAUUACCAGCACAGGAACGGAUGGGUGUGGCUGUUUCAGCUGUGUCAUCAGCGGAGGCCAUGUUUGAAUGGACACGUGAACAUCUGAAGGAGAGAAAGGCGUUUGGAGGACCGCUGUCAUCAAUGCAGUUGCUAAGACAUCGCAUGGCCAAGCUAAAGACUGACAUAGCCGUUGGCCGGGCAUUUGUUGACAGCUGCAUUGAGCGACAUGGGGAGCAAUGCCUCGAUGCGGCCACAGCAUCCAUGGCCAAAGCAUGGGCGUCUGAGCUGCAGAACCGCGUGGCUGACGAGUGUGUUCAGCUUCAUGGUGGUAUGGGGUACAUGUACGACUACAAGAUUGGCCGUGCUUACGUCGAUGCUCGAAUUCAACCUAUCUAUGCUGGCACCAACGAGAUCAUGAUGGAUCUGGUGAGCCGCACAAUCUUUCCCAAGUCAACUUGAAACGUGUUUCUGGGGACACUGGUGUGGUUCUGUUACGCAUUCCGAACCUAAGACUACAAGUCCUAGUGUUGACCAAACAACAACUUGUUUCAUCUCUAAAAGCAUGCAUCUGUUGGCGCAAACCCCACCCAAGGAAGGAAGUCAUAGCCGUGCAUGGUUAAGAACACUAUCACUAGUUUACCCAGUCUGUAUAGUCAGCAUUGUGCUAGCUGUUCUGCACUACUGAGUAUGUGCAUCGUGUGGAAGCAUAAUGUGCAUGUGCAGGCAUAUGUCACAGUGCAUGCCGCCAGGCACCACACUGAGGAUCACGGUUUAGAAGGAUAACGUUAGGAUGGCAUUGCUGGCUUUCUUUCUUUCAUGUCAUUACUGUGCGGCGCGUGCCACGGGACUUUGCUGGCACAUGGACAACCCAUGAUACUUACAUGUAGUUUACUUAGUUUUCAGGUAUACAAUGCUGCAUGGUGCCAGUAUGCUUUGCCUACAAGCUGCAGCUAUCGGUGCAAUUGUGAAAUUGUGCGCAUUUGUAUUCAGGCAGAUAUCAGAGCUUCACGCGUGAGAGUGCUGCCUUUUGCUCUGCGAUGCCUUUUCGCUGAAUAGCCAUGGCAUGGGUUCUCGUUAGAUGCUAGUGGUUUACUAGUAUUUUGGUAGACACCAGCUGUAACUUGCUAGCCAAUUUUCCCAUAUAUUCGGCACUAAUUUGUGUUUCGGCAAAGGCUUUUCUUGCUGUACUUCAGAGGCCGCCUCACUAGGAGACCAGUUGGGUUUUGAUCUGCUUUUUCAUCCCUGCUUCCUUUUCAAAUUCAAACAUAAACAAAAGAAUGUCAUCUGGGCCACAUUCAGGGUCCUACUGAAUUUUGGAAGUGUUUGAUUUGAACAAUACUGGCACAAAGCAA